CCAAGCUUUGACAAUUCAAGAGCAAAAAAAUUAGCCCAAGCACCGGAGGCAUGGAAAACACAAGCGGCUCGCUGCUUCAUAUACCCGAUGAGAUUGUUUAUGAUAUACUCUCAUUCCUACCUGCUAAGUCUCUACAGCGAUUCAAGCUUGUAUCCAAGCCAUGGGGUUCUCUGAUAUCUGACCCUAACUUUGCUGAACUUCAUCUCCAACGAGCAAACACAUCCCAGGACGAAAAUCCGUUGCAGUUUGGGCAACAAAACAUCACGAUGGGGUCUCAUCCGUGUUUCUCUUUCUAUUCAAGGUCUCAUCCGUAUUUCUCAUUCUAUUAUGGAUUCGAUCUGCGUGAUCAAUAUGGAUCUAAUCGUAAUGUCGUAACGCUUGACCGCUAUGGGUCCUCACUUCAUUACUAUGUAUCCUAUCUUGACUAUUACGGAUAUGAUCACCAAGCUGGAUCCUCAUUCAAUCGUGCUGUUGAAACGCCAGACUACUAUAGACCCUCACUUGAUUACUAUGUAACCUAUCUUUGAGUACUAUGGAUUUGAUUGAUAAUUUCUGUUUUGCUCAUUAAGACUUUCCUUAGUUUCAAAGUUUAUGCUAUUUUCCUCUUGACUACUAUAGAUCGCAAUGUAUUAGAUUUAAGUUAU